AUGAACUCCGGCUGUAUUCCUAACACUGGUUUGCAGGAGACUAUUCAAGUUGAUCCUAAUGCGGCUGGCGGCGAGCGCUAUGCCUCGAUGAUCAAUCUCGACAAGGCUUGGAAGGAGUACACUAUUCGAGCUCCAGAUACCCAAGCCGAUCAGGUCAUUUCUGGGUUUGCUACGAUGAAAUACCAAGGUUCUCAGGACACCUCUGUGUCUCAGCCCUACAUGGACUACAGUGGAAGAAAAACAUCCGCCUCUGCCCAUGGCUUGGAUAACAAGGGCAUCAAGAAUUACCCUGCUGUCACUAUCCCCAAGUCCGCUGAUCAACUUGUCAACCCCACCAUUGGCAGUUUUGGAAUGCUUCAGGAAGCCGCUCAUGUGAUGCAAAAGCGCUCCAACAAGGAUUUCAUUCUCGCUUUUGGCCCUGUCCUCUUCAAGCGAUCCAGCACCGAAGAAGCUUACGCUGAGCGCCCUGAACUCUUCCAACUGGAGAACCUCUGA